AUGAGCAUUUCAGAUAAGUUCUUAAAAAGCCACUCAGUGCUGUGUGAUAGUGAAUUAGAUAACACUUUCAUAGACAAAAGCAAGUAUCAGUAUGUCGUAGACAAAAUGCCCACGGUUGAGUUGACGAAGUUAAGUAAAGAUGAAUUCAAUGAUGGUAUACUGAAGCUGGCUGAGUUUGAUGUUAGCAAAAUUGGGAACAAAUCAUGUGGAACAAUAUUUCAUGUUGACAAAGACUCUUUGAAAAUACCAGCUGUAUAUGACGUUCUAUGUGAAAUACUUCUUCACGUAGAUACUGAUGUGCGAUUGAGAGCGUUUAGUGACAUUACUGAAAACUAUUACAACAAGACUUUGUCAAAAUAUGACCUCACAAAGACCAAUUUAGCACCCAGCUAA